GUGUUUUAUGUUUGGAUAUUUUUAUUUAUACACACACUUACAUCGUAUAUUUAUGCAAUACAUAUCUCUUCAUCUUCGUAAUAAAUCGCAAACCCAACAAACCCUGUGUAUGAAUCUCUUACUUUGUUGGCAGAGCUGUUUUAGUCCCAGUUAUGGCAAUUACUGGAGCUUGAGGUCUAGGAGAAGAUCAAGGCUUCGUAUUUCCCAGGAAAGAAGAGUUGCAGAGCCAGGGAAGAAGCAAGAUAAGAAAAGCCUCACAGGAAAAACAAGGAAUAUCAUAGAGGAUAAUCUUAUCAUUUCUAAUUCUAAGAAAUCUAGUCUAGACAUCCCCCCUCCACUAGUUAGUGCAUUAAAAGCUUCAGCAGAACAAGAUGCUGCCAGCUUUCACUUCCCUGGGCAUAACAGAGGGCGAGCUGCUCCAUCAUCAUUGACUCAGCUCAUUGGUAUGAGACCAUUUAUUCAUGAUUUACCUGAGCUUCCAGAACUAGACAACCUCUUUUCUCCAGAAGGGCCCAUUCUAGAUGCACAAAAACAAGCAGCCAAACUAUUUGGAGCAUCAGAGACAUGGUUUCUUGUUGGGGGUACUACUUGUGGAAUCCAAUCGGCAGUUAUGGCCACUUGUUCUCCGGGAGACAUUCUAAUUCUCCCUCGGAAUUCCCACAUAUCAGCUAUAUCUGCUAUGGUAUUGUCUGGGGUACUACCAAAGUACAUCAUUCCUGAGUAUUAUUUUGACUGGGACAUUGCUGGUGGGGUCACUCUUGUGCAGGCAAAGAAAGCAAUCAAGGAAUUGGAAAUGGAAGGUCGAAAAGCAGCUGCAGUUUUUGUCACUUCCCCUACUUACCAUGGCAUAUGUAGCAACUUGAGCGAGAUCACCAAGCUGUGUCAUUCUUACAAUAUUCCUGUGAUUGUUGAUGAGGCUCAUGGUGCGCACUUAGGAUUUCAUCCCAACAUGCCUUAUUCAGCUCUCCAGCAAGGUGCUGAUCUUGCUGUGCAGUCUACUCACAAAGUGUUGUGCUCUCUUACACAGUCAUCAAUGUUACACGUGUCGGGAAAUCUUGUAGAUAGAGAGAGGAUUUGCAGAUGCCUUCAAACCCUUCAAAGCACUAGCCCAAGUUAUCUGCUGUUAGCAUCAUUAGAUGCCGCUAGGGCUCAACUAAGUGAAAACCCCGGAACAAUUUUCAACAAAGCAAUGGAAUUGGUUGUUGAAAUGAAAAUUCUGAUCAAUAAAAUACCAGGUAUUUCUGUCCUCAAUUUUCCAAGCUCCUCUAGCUUUCCUUCCAUUGAUCCCUUGCGAAUUUCUAUCGGAGUGUGGCAGCUUGGUCUUACUGGAUAUGAAGCAGAUGAUAUUUUAAGUGAGGAUUAUGGGGUGAUUUCCGAACUUGUAGGAACCCGAUCUAUAACCUUUGCAAUUAAUCUAGGGACUUGUAGAGAGCAUGUGCUGAGACUAGUGUCGGGAUUGAAGCAUUUAUCAGCAAGUUUCUCACUAAAUCAGGGCAUGAAUCACAGAUUGGAUGAUGUUGAGUGUUCACCCUUUGAUGAUAUCAACAUGAGCUUGAGCCCAAGAGAAGCCUUCUUUGCAAGUAAAAGAAAAGUGAGCUUUAAAGACAGCCUUGGUGAAAUAUGUGGGGAGCUUAUAUGUCCAUACCCACCAGGGAUUCCUGUACUGAUCCCGGGCGAGGUCAUCACAAAGAGAGCACUGAAUUAUCUAUUGCAGCUUAGACGCAGAGGUAUUGUAAUUAGUGGAGUUGCAGAUCCUCUUCUAUCUUCCAUAGUUGUCUGCAAUACUUGAGUUGCUGAUCCUCUUCUAUGAUCUUCCAUAGGUGUACCUAAUUCUACCCAGAAUGUGACUUCAUCAGUGAAAUUGGGCAAUCCUACUAACAAGUUUAUUAAGUUAACCAUGUACUAGUAACUGAAUGAGGUUGGCCUUGGCGCAGCGGUAAGGUUGCUCUUUUGUGACAUGAAGGUUAUGGAUUUGGAUCACGGAAACAGUCCCUUCGACAUCUGCCAUUUUAAAAGACUUGCGCCAUGCAUUUGGUAAGUUAGAACCCCGAGAAAGUUUGUCAAAUCUCGGGGAAUAUAGAGAGGAAGGAGAGAAAUGUAUUGUUUGUAUUAUUUCUUCGAAAAAAAAAUGCGAAGAGAGAAGGCAAGAGGUAGAGGAAACCAAAACAUAUUGAGGGGGGUGGGUUAUGAUAAUAUUGUUAGUAUGAAAAGAUACAAGAAAAUGUGAUUUGAUUAACGUUAUGAUUUCCUGGAAAAAUAGAAUUCAUGUAAGUGCUUGUGGUUGGGAAAUGACUUUGUUAUGGGUUUUGUUGUAUGCUGAGGAUUUUUAAAUAUUCUUAGAACUUAUAGCAAAUUUAAAUAUAUUUACGAUUUAUUUUUGGGGUGUAAUAUUGGCGAUUCACUAUUUAAUAAAUGUCCUAUAUUUUUUAGUAAAAUGACAUCAUUGUGUUGGUCUUUUC